AUGGACGCGCACCAACUGUCGAAGCUCAUCCCCGUGGCGAACCGCCUCGCGGCGAACGAGGACAUCCUGGAGAGCGAGCUGCGGGAGAUGCUCGCGGCCCUCGGCGGCGACGACGGCGCCGCCGCCGCCGACGACGACGCGGCGCACAAGGCCGCCGCGUCGCCGAAGAAGGCCGCGCGGCCGAACGCCCGGGGCAAGAAGCAGCAGCUGUCGCAGGAGGACGUCGUCGCGCUGGCCUACAAGAAGGAGGCCGAGGCCGCGCGCGCGAAGCGGUUACGCGAGAAGCGGCAGGACGCGGCCGUCGCGGAGGCGCUGCGCAAGGGCGACGCGAAGCUCGAGCCGGCCCUCGCCGCGCGCGCCGCGUCCCUGCGCCGGGUCUGGAAGCGCGAGCCCAAGGGCCACGAGCUCUUCAAGAUCUUCGACCGCAACGGCAAGGGCUUCGAGCUCGCGGAGCUCCAUCGCAUGAUCCGCCGCGACCUGCGGCUGAAGCCCGCGGACAUCUCCGACGACGAGAUCGCCAAGCUGGUCAAGACGCUCGACGUCGACGGCACGGGCUGCAUCGACGUCGCGGCGCUCGGCGAGUACGCGGACGGCAAGGCGCGCGCGUGGGCGACGGAGCGCAUGCAGCAGACGCGCCAGGCGAGCUCCUCGGGGCGGCUAACGACGUCCUAG